CUACAAUCAAAUAACAUAAAAAUGAAGAAAAGUAUACUGUUGUAUAAGUGAAAUGGAAGAGAUUUACAUAUUGAACAAAGAGUGAUGUAUAUAUAUAUAUAUCUACCUAUAGUCUUUAUAAUUAUUAAUGUUUAGUUUCUAUUCACAAUCAGUUUCUUUAACAUUUCAUAAUUUAUUAUUGAACAAUACAGUGGUAUACAUAUAUAUACAUAGGGAUAGAUAGAUAGAGGGAUAGAUACAUUCAAGUCAUAAAAACUGUUAAAGUUCAUUUUUAUUUUAUUUUUCUAAAAAUAAUCUUUAUUAAUUGGAACAAUUUAACAAUACCAUUUAAACAAAAGGAUUUAUAUUUUAAAUCUAUUUUUUUCCCCAAUUCUUCCUUUAAUCAUAAUCAUUACUAACAUUUUAAAGAUCUUCAUCUAUAUUAUAUAAAGAUUCAUAUAUUUCAAUGAAGAAUAUUCAUUUCAAAUUCUAUAUACAAAUUUUAAAUAACAAUUUAAACAAGAAGAAAACUUCAAUGUUCAAUAAUCAUAUUAAUAUAUGUAGUCUAUAAGAUAAUAGAAAUUGUUAUAUUGUAUAACAUGCAAGAAGAUGAUACAAAAACUAUUACAACUGUUUCUGAUGAAACAGAAUCUCACACAAAUACUGAUAACUGUGAACAUUUUGUACAGAAUGGAGAAAAGAAAUUAGAUAACUCUGGAGAUGGAUUAAAAUUAAUCACUGUUCAACCUAUUGCAAUUAAUAAACACGUACAACAGAAAAAGCAUGAUGAUUUAUUAUUUAAGAAAUACGAGAAAAUAUGUAAGAUAGGUGAAGGAGCAUAUGGUGUAGUAUUUAAAUGUCGUGAUAUUAAAUCAGGACAAUUAGUGGCAAUUAAACAGUUCACAGCAUCUGAAGAAGAUCCAGUCAUUCGUAAAAUUGCAAUGAGAGAAAUUCGUAUGCUUAAACGUUUAAAGCAUCCGAAUUUAGUUAAUCUGAUUGAAGUGUUUCGAAAGAAAAAACGAUUAAAUUUGGUAUUCCAGUUUAUUGAUAAUUCUUUGUUAAAUGAAAUGGAACAAAGACCAAGAAAGUUGGAUAAAGGAAAAAUUCGAAAGAUUACAUGGCAAAUUCUUCUUGCAACAGAUUUCUGUCAUCAAUCAAACUGUAUACAUAGAGAUAUUAAACCUGAAAAUAUUUUAAUUAAUAAAGCUAAUGAAGUGAAAUUAUGCGAUUUUGGAUUUGCAAGAUUUUUAAGUCCUGGUGGUGAAUACACUGAUUAUGUAGCAACACGUUGGUAUCGAUCUCCGGAAUUACUAGUUGGAGAUACACAAUAUGGACCACCGGUCGAUGUAUGGGCGAUUGGAUGUGUCUUUGCAGAAAUGUUACUUGGUUGUCCUUUAUGGCCAGGUUCUUCUGAUUUGGAUCAACUUUAUCUUAUAACGAAAAAUCUGGGUGAUCUUUAUCCCAGACACCGUCAUAUAUUUGAACAAAGUAAAUACUUUGCUGGUAUUCAAGUCCCAUCUUCAACAUCUGUGGAGCCAUUAGAGAAGCGGUUUGAGAAAACCUAUCCCCUGACGCUAAGCCCAAGAGAAUUGGAUUUUUUGCAGGCUUGUGUACGAAUGGAUCCUUCAGAACGAUGGAGUUGUGCUGAGCUACUGAAGCAUCCAUAUUUUGGAAUGCAUAGUUUAUCUGAGAAAAAUAAUAAAUUGUCAUGUAAAAUUCAAGAUUUAGGGACCAAUAUAAUAAAUGAAUUUAGUUCAUCAUCUAAUCUAAUGCCAAAAAAUGAAAAAUUAAUGGGAUAUGAAACUUCAUCAAAAAAAAUUGAUCAUAAAGUUGGAAAUAAUAAAUUUAUCAAUCCAAUUUCAUAUCCAUUUAAGACAACUCUUCAACCAAGAAUGAGAAUGCCUGGAUUUAGUCAGAAACCUAUUAAUACAUGGGAUUCUAUUGUGAAAAAGCCUUUACCAUUGAUCUCUACUCAUAAAACAUUUUAUCGUACAACAGCAACAAAUCUUAAUUCUACAACUUCUGUUACCAUGGCAGUUACUUGUACUACUAAUUCAAUAAAUAGUAAUAAUAAUAGUAAUAUAUAUGGUGAUUCACGACCACAUGCUCCAAUAUCAUUAAUUAAACCAAUUUUUUCAAAUCAUACACAAAUUAAUCAAAAUAAUCAUAAUUUACAAUUUCAUCCAACACAUUCUAAUUUAGCAUUAACAACAAUAUCAAUGGGUUCAUCAACCGGUAAACCAGCAUUAAAUCAUGGAUUUUAUAAUUUAUCUAUAUCUAUGCCAAAUGUAGCUCAAACAAUUAUAUUAACUACAACCUCAACAACAGUAACAACAACAACAACAACAUCAUUAUUAAAUACAAUAGAAUCUACAAAUGAAAAUUAUUAUAAAUCAUUAUUAAAUUUAUCAUCAUAUUCACCAUUACAUAUCCCUAUACGUUUUAUGCGCCAAAAUACAGACGAUCAUUCAUUUAAACAACAAUAUAAUCAAUUAAGUCAAAAAUCUAAGACAACAAUACAUUUACCUAAUAUUUAAAGCGGUGAUAUAAAUAUAUCUUAUUAUUUUAAACUUGAUUUGUUCUCAUUUAUUUUGUUUUGUUCAUUUUAUAGUGGUAUAUAUAUUUUGAUUGAUAUAGUUUAAGUUUGAGAAAAAUAAAGAUGUAAUGUGUUCAUCUGUAAACUACGGAAUAUGAAAUUUAUCCUAACUAGAACCCAUCGUUUGGAUGUCCUUUCAUCCCACAGUUGAAGUUUACUCCGAGAGUUGAAUACAGAUAUGUUCUCCUUAAGCUCUAUCUCAUCAUUCACCUAGCUAAUGAGUUCAAAAAGCUAUCAAACUCUGGGAUGCAGUUGUUUUCAGAUAAUGAGGUCCUAAUGAAACGAAACAAAACAUCCUCGAUUCUACUGGUAGCCACAUUCCAUCUAUUCUAUAAUAACUUAUGUCAUAAUGAAUAUUUUGAGGCAAUCUAUACAGGGUGCACAUAUGUUAAUCAAGGGAAGUCAAAAUUCCGUUAAAACAACAACAACGGGAUAAUGCAGUUCACUUCAAAUUGAACUAAAUAGUCUUAUUUACAGAAGCUUAUUCGGUGUUUCAUAUUCUUAAGUAUACAAUAAUAAAUUAUUUUUAUUGUCAAAUGAUAUAAUCCAGAAAAUUUCAACUAAAAGGGAGUGAAUAGGUGUUCCGUUGUACAUGUACCCGUAAGCAG